GGGAAAAUGGCGAACCGCACCGUGAAGGAUGCGCACUCGGUGAAGGGGACAAAUCCCCAAUACCUGAUAGAAAAGAUCACCAGAACACGUAUAUAUGAAUGCAGAUAUUGGAAAGAAGAAUGUUUUGCUUUAACAGCCGAACUGAUGGUGGACAAAGCAAUGGAGCUUAAAUACGUUGGAGGAAUUUAUGGAGGAAAUAUCAAACCAACACCGUUCUUGUGUCUCGUGCUCAAAAUGUUACAGAUCCAACCAGAGAAAGACAUUGUCGUGGAGUUCAUAAGAAAUGAAGAUUUCAAGUAUGUGAGAGCUCUGGGAGCUGUGUACAUGAGGUUGACAGGCACAGCUAUUGACUGUUACAAAUAUCUAGAACCUUUAUACAACGACUACAGGAAAGUGCGCCGCAUGAACAGACAAGGGGAAUUUGAAGUGGUUCACAUGGAUGAAUUUAUUGACGAACUUUUAAGGGAGGAGCGUGCUCUGGAUAUCAUAUUACCCAGAAUUCAGAAGCGAAAUGUGUUGGAAGACACAAACUUGUUAGACCCCCGUGUGAGUGCUUUGGACGAGGAUAUAGAGGAUAUGGAAACUUCCGAUGAAGAAGACGCAAUGAAGGAUGGCAACCGAAGUCCGGUGGGUGAUAAGAAGCGAAGUGGUUACAGAGAUACAGACAGACCUGCCCGCAGUCCGUCCCCGCGAUAUAGAAGAAGCCGCAGUCGUUCACCCAGAAAGGAGCGUCAUUCCAAACGAAGAAGUCGGUCGAAGGACAGAGACAGAGGUCAUAGGUCAUCAGGUCACAGACAUAAAGAUGAUGAUGACAGGAGGCACAGAAGUAAGAAGAGCAAACAUGACCACCGACAUCGUGAUCGAGAAGAUCGACAUCGUGAUCGUCACAGAGACAGAGAUCGAGGCAGAGACGAUCACAGAAUGUCCAAGGAAGAGCUGGAAAUCAAGGAGGCCAAUGAACUGAGAGCAAAGCUUGGCAUGGCCCCAUUAAGACCAUAAAUGAGAAAUCUCCUCGUCCAACUCCUUGAUUUAAAGCAGAAAGAAUCUACAGCAUGACUUUCGAAUUGUUGUAAUACAAAAGUAAUGGGACUUUCACUUUACCAGACUUUAAUUACUUUCAGUACCCGAUUUCAUUGACCUUUUCAUAUGCUUAAGCAUAUUUUCAGGGUAAUUUUCUGCCUGGACUGAAGAAAGUUAUUAUCCGCAAAGCAGUGACAUUAAGAAUCACAAAGAUAAUAACUUAUUGCUGUAAUUGAAGAUAAAGGUGGAUUAAUUGUGUUUAAAUUUGCCCUGAAACAUGUGAAAAGGUUAAGAAAAAGGGUACACUUCAAGAACUGGACCUUGCUGCACCAAUGCCUAUGCUUGUACAUGUACAUAUUUGUGGAAGCCAGAGUUCUGAAAGAUAGAAUCAAGUACAGUGUAUUCUUCAAGUAUAUUACAUCCUUGCUUUUUGUUCAGCAUGUUAUCGGACACUGGUCAGUCUUUUACAAACCUUGAAUUAUAUUUUUUUGCAAAGUCAACUUUUUGCUUAAUAAUCAAGGGCCCCAAUUCAAACUGUUAAGCGAGGCAUUAACUUUAGUCCAGAAUGAAGUCUGAUUGGUUUUGUACAAGACCCAGUCUAGUUUUAAGACUAAGCUCGUUAAACACGUAAUACCCUUGUGAACUAUCAGCAAAUGGAUUUCCAAAAUUUUAUUCAAAAAAGAAUGCUGUCAUUUUUGGACUGGAUUAAAAUUUGAUUAAUACGUUGUUCAGUGUGAGGUAACAGAACCUUCAGAGCAGUUUGUCAA